AUGAGUGAGCUGGAACAGUUGCGGCAGGAGGGCGAUCAGCUACGCAAUCAGAUCCGGGAUGCAAGAAAAGCCUGCAGUGACUCUACUUUGUCACAGAUCACAGCUGGUCUGGACUCAGUGGGCCGGAUACAGAUGCGGACUCGACGCACGCUCAGGGGCCACCUGGCCAAGAUCUAUGCAAUGCACUGGGGGAGUGACUCCAGGCUUCUUGUCAGUGCCUCCCAAGAUGGAAAGCUAAUCAUCUGGGACAGUUACACCACAAAUAAGAUGCAUGCCAUCCCACUUCGCUCUUCCUGGGUGAUGACGUGUGCCUAUGCCCCGUCUGGGAACUAUGUGGCUUGCGGUGGCCUGGACAACAUUUGCUCCAUCUACAGCCUGAAGACCCGCGAGGGCAGUGUGCGUGUUACCCGCGAGUUACCAGGACACACAGGUUAUUUGUCUUGUUGUCGUUUCUUGGAUGACAACCAGAUACUGACAAGCUCUGGAGAUACCACCUGUGCAUUGUGGGACAUAGAGACUGGCCAGCAGGCCACAACCUUCGCUGGUCACACAGGGGAUGUAAUGAGCUUGUCUCUCAGCCCGGACUACAAGACAUUUGUGUCUGGAGCAUGUGAUGCCACCUCCAAGCUGUGGGACGUCCGUGAUGGGAUGUGCAGACAAUCUUUCACUGGUCACGUGUCUGACAUCAAUGCUGUCACAUUUUUCCCCAAUGGGAACGCCUUUGGCACAGGCUCGGAUGAUGCCACCUGUAGGCUUUUUGACCUGCGUGCCGACCAGGAGCUGAUGACGUACAGCCAUGACAACAUCAUCUGCGGCAUCACAUCCGUGGCUUUCUCCAAGAGCGGACGUCUGCUGCUGGCUGGCUACGAUGACUUUAACUGUAACGUCUGGGACACUCUGAAAGGCGAACGGGCAGGCGUCCUGGCGGGCCACGACAACAGGGUGAGCUGCUUAGGCGUGACUGAGGAUGGCAUGGCCGUGGGCACCGGCUCCUGGGACAGUUUCCUGCGGAUUUGGAACUAA